UUUUCCUCCAUCCCCCUGCCCUCCCCCCGCCUCCCCCAGUGAGUGCUUUGUCUUUGUCCUAGCUAAAAUUACCUAAAGGCAAAGAGAAGGAAGCACUUAGGCAAAACCAAGAGGGUUAAGUAUAAAUGUCCAUUCUCUGGGGUUCCUGUUCUGUGCCAGGGACAGAAAUAUCCUUUCUCUUCCAUCUCCCAUGAUCAGUACCCCAGCUGGCAGCCUGGCACUGGUGCCUCAUCUCAGUACCAGUGCAAUAAAGGAGUGGGCUGUGGCAGGCAAGCUCUGUGUAAGGCUUAACUUUGUUCUAAAGAACAAUGAACUACUGAUUUCGUGGACCUUCUCCUUAAUGGAUACUCUGGCCAUAGGAGAAUAUGGAGGGCUUUUCCAGGGCAGUCCUUGGACUUUACGAAAUCAUCUCCAGUCUUGACCUCCUCCCCACUUCUCUUCCUACUGUUGCACCCAGACUCUCCUGUGACCCAGUGCGCAUUACUGGUGCUGGCCAGUGGUGACCCAGAGGGUGGUGACACCCACUCAGCAGCCUGCCAGACCAGAAGGUCAGCAUGUGAGCAGGCAGUGCUGGUGCUGUCUGCCCUCUAGGCCAAGGUGCAGGCCAUUGGAGGGUAAAAGCCUCUUUUUUCCACUUGAGACAAGCCUGGAAACCAGAGCUCCUCCUCCUCUUAGUCAAACAGAAGGCUGUUGACAGUGGAGAUCCUGAAAUUCUGAAUGUGUGCCUGCUGGUCUCUUCCCUCAGAGUCACACACCUAAGCUUACUCAUGGCUUCUGAGACCAUAAAGCUCAGGACGACACAGCUAUAUGAGUUUUGGGAAUAGCUGCCAGGCCCUGGUCCCCGUUUUGACUUUAGAGACCAGCUGUUAACCCGAGGGAGCUCUUCAAGUAGUAGUGUGGAAGUCCAAGAGAAGGAACUAAAGGGAACUUUGGCCACUGCCUCUUCUGUCCGUCAGCCCAGAAGAACUGUGGGCCUCGUGGCAUCAGAGCCCUUGGACUGACCUUUCCCUUUCCUUUCUAUAAGACAUGCAAGUGGGGAGUGAGGCACAGAGAGGCCCAUGGAUGAAGUCCUUGAGACGGCUUCUGUGGUGACAAAGAUGACCUUUGUCUUGUGUGUCUCCUGGGGUGUCAGAUGUGGGCCGGGCUGCCUUCUGUGUGGCCUUCCCCUUAGAAGCAGCCCAUGCCUGCCCAUCCCCUCACCCACAGGCCAGCAGGUGCAGUGAAAGCUAGUGUGGGGCCAGGGGAGGACAAAUGAGCAGCCGAAGGCGGGUAACUGCUGGGGGAGGGUGGGGGUGAUUCUUACCUCUGAAAAGGAAACAGCGUUGUGGAGCACACCUGUAAUUUUAUCCUUGAGGGAGGCUGAGGCAAGUUUGAGUCAACUCGGGGAGAGCAGUAGUAGAGGACCCCAAGUUUCCACCCCCAUUGCCUCGGGGUAGGGUUGGGGAUGGGUUAAUCUCAUACCUGCUACUAGGGUUCGUAGGCUAGACACAAUUUAUCCCAGUGCUGGGGAUCAAAGGGCAUUGAUGGGGACCAGUUAUUUGCUUCUUAUCUGGGGCUAUUUCUUGGCAGAACUCAAAAUGAGACCAUUGCAAGGAGGGGUAGGAAAUGACUGGGGCCAAGAGAAGCAGCUCGCCAGCACCCUCAGCUGCAAACCUGAGUAAAAGACAGCCUGGCCUCUGCCCCGUUCCCGUUCCCACCUGUCUCUCCCCUUUUCUCCCCUUUCCCUGGCUCUGCCAGACACUCUCCCUGGGCGCCAGCCUCCCAGCCACCCCUGGAGGCGGGGCUUGGCUGUACCCACGUGUGGUGGAGUUAAAUGCUCCAAGCCGGCACCAGCAGCUCGGGAGAGAAGCGGCACCAUGGCUGCCAAGAAAGUCUGCAUUGUGGGCUCUGGCAACUGGGGCUCAGCCAUUGCCAAGAUUGUGGGUGGCAAUGCAGUCCAGAUGGCACAUUUUGACCCACGGAUAACCAUGUGGGUAUUUGAGGAAGACGUUGGGGGUAGAAAGCUGACAGAGAUCAUCAACACACAGCAUGAGAAUGUCAAAUACCUGCCAGGGCACAAGCUGCCCCCGAAUGUGGUGGCUGUCCCAGACUUGGUCCAGGCUGCCGCAGAGGCUGACAUCCUGAUCUUUGUGGUGCCCCAUCAGUUCAUCAGCAAGAUCUGUGACCAGCUGAAGGGUCGCCUAAAGGCCAACGCCAUCGGCAUGUCUCUUAUUAAGGGGGUAGACGAGGGCCCCAAUGGGCUGAAGCUCAUCUCUGAAGUGAUUGGGGAGCGCCUUGGUAUCCCCAUGAGUGUGCUGAUGGGGGCCAACAUUGCCAGCGAGGUGGCUGAUGAGAAGUUCUGUGAGACCACUAUUGGCUGCAAGGACCUGGCUCAGGGACAGCUUCUGAAGCAUCUGAUGCAGACUUCCAAUUUCCGGAUCACAGUGGUGCAGGAGGUGGACACAGUAGAGAUCUGUGGGGCCUUAAAGAAUAUAGUGGCCGUGGGGGCUGGCUUCUGCGAUGGCUUGGGCUUUGGUGACAACACCAAGGCGGCGGUGAUACGGCUGGGGCUCAUGGAGAUGAUCGCCUUCGCCAAGCUCUUCUGCCGUGGUCCUGUGUCCUCUGCCACCUUCUUGGAGAGCUGUGGUGUCGCUGAUCUCAUCACUACCUGCUACGGAGGGAGGAACCGCAAGGUGGCCGAGGCCUUCGCCCGCACUGGAAAGUCUAUUGAGCAGCUGGAGAAAGAGAUGCUGAAUGGGCAGAAGCUUCAGGGGCCCCAGACAGCCCGGGAGCUACACAGUAUCCUUCAGCACAAGGGCCUGGUAGACAAGUUCCCGCUGUUCACGGCUGUGUACAAGGUGUGCUACGAGGGCCAGCCGGUGGAUGAAUUCAUCCGCUGCCUGCAGAACCAUCCAGAACACAUGUGAGUGGGCCAGGGCCCAGGAUAGGCAGCUCUUCUACCCAGCGGACACAAGCAGACGCUUGCAGCAGUUCGGUCACCGGGAUCUCCAGAACUCCUCAACAAGCAGCCGUCUCAGCUUUUCAUUGGAGGACGGGAGGCGGCAGAGGCUACAGCUCUGCCCCACACCUGGAGGUCUGAACUGCUGGGAGGCCUGCAGCUUCUUGCUGGAAAUGGAGCUGCCCUCUCUCUCCAGAUGCAGAGCUUUCUCCCUGUCCCAGGGAAGGGCAGAAUCAAGCCCAGUGCUGCCUGCUCUCAGGGUGUGUGUGGGGGAGGUGGGAGGAGGGGACACUAGGACAAGGGCUGCCAGUUGCAGGAUUGCACAACCAGGAAACCCAAAGGUACCUUAGCCAUAGGAGGGACGAGGCCAGGGCUGCCGAGGAGGGAUCUGAGUAUUUUAGCUGACACAGCCCCAGAACCCCCUUCCUGACUGGUGCCAGGCCCCACACAGCAUCAGUGGAUCUCAGCAUUUGUUAACAAAACACAAAGAUCUGAAGCAUCCCCUCCUAGCUUCUCCUAGCAACAUUUUCCUCUUCAGAAACCUGGGGUUGUCCCUUUUCCUCUUCCCUCAGGCCACCCUGGCAUAAAAGUAGCUCCCUGCUGGCAUCUCUGCCCCUGGGGUUUGCUAUUCUCCCCAGGGACUUGCUGGACCCUACAUCUUUGCCAACUCCUCCCCACCCUGCGUGACCUUUCCAAGUCUUCCCUUGCCCUGCCUGCCAGCAGCCUCUUUGGGGAGCAGAAACUUAAUCUGCUGACAGCGACGCCUUUGCGUAGCAAGUUCA